AUGCCCGGUCCCGUAGAAGACGAGCGACCUACCUCGCCGCAUAUCGAACUCCACGAUAAUCGCCCUGCGUCCUCUCGUUCUCGGGCGAAUAGCGAAGGCCAACCCAGCCCCGGGUUACGAAAUAGCAAGGGGUGGGACGGCAAGCUAAGAGUCGAUCGCACCGCCGUGCUCGUGAAUCCAGAGAUCCUUUCCGACCCUGAAUCCGACGACGAGAACGUCCAUCCAGGAGAGCAGCUCCCGGCCGACGAAGAUCUCCUCGACGACGAAGACCCCGACACAGACGAGAUCAUCGUCUCCCACGCCCGUGUCGCCUCCAUAUCCGCCCUCCGGCUCGAGCGCUUCCGCCACGUCGCCCGCCUCUGCCUCCGCCAGAACAGCAUCCAGCACAUCGAAGGGCUCUCCGCCCUAGCCGACACCUUACAGGACCUGGACCUCUACGACAACCUCAUCACGCGUGUCCGCGGCCUCGAAGACCUGACCCACCUCACCCAGCUCGACCUCUCCUUCAACAAGAUCAAGCACAUCAAGAAUAUAAGCCACCUGAAGGACCUCAAGGAGCUCUACUUCGUCGCCAACAAGAUCUCUCGCAUCGAAAACCUCGAGGGCCUCCCCAACCUCACCUCCCUCGAGCUCGGCUCCAACCGGAUCCGCACGCUUGAGAACCUCGAACCGCUCCAGAACCUCGAGGAGCUCUGGGUCGCCAAGAACAAGAUCACCUCCCUCGCCGGGCUCGCCGGCCUGCCCCGCCUCCGCCUGCUCAGCAUCCAGUCCAACCGGAUCCGCGACCUCGCCCCGCUCGCCGACGUCCCCGGGCUCGAGGAGCUCUACAUCUCCCACAACGCCAUCGAGCACCUCGCCGGGCUCGAGGCCAACACGAAGCUCCGCGUCCUCGACAUCUCCAACAACGCCGUCGCCUCCGUCGCCGGCCUCGCGCCCCUCGACCGGCUCGAGGAGUUCUGGGCCAGCUACAACCAGAUUGCCGACUUUGCUGAGGUCGAGCGUGUGCUGCGCGACAAGGCGAACCUCACCACCGUGUACUUCGAGGGGAACCCGCUGCAGCUUAAAGGGCCGGCGGUGUACCGGAAUAAGAUCCGCCUGGCGCUGCCGCAAUUGUCACAAAUUGAUGCGACGUAUGUCAAAGCUUGA